UAUUUUCUGAGGGAGAAGUCCGUGAAACUCUACAUUGUCAAAGACCUGCUGCAACAUUCUCUGGUUGCUACUGUUUAAUUAUGGAAAGUACCUCAUGUGACGAGGAGGGAUCAUUAAGAGAUAACAAUGUGGACCUCAAUGAGGAAAAUAUCGAAAACCACAUGUCAUUGGAGGUCAGCAGUCAGCUUGUCGAGGCUGACAAUCUUUUUGCUUCCAACCAACCAAAUUCAGAAAAUCCCGAGCCUUUUGUUGGUAUGGAAUUUGAAUCCGAGGAGGGUGCAAAAUUAUUCUACAUGGCUUAUGCAAGCCGCAUUGGCUUCUCAGUGCGCAUUAGCAAAUCUCGCCGUUCAAGGAAUGACGAGUCGAUUAUCAUGCGGCGUUUCGUGUGUUCAAAAGAGGGAUUCCAUUUAAAGAAAGGGAAUUUUGAUGAUGGCAAGAAAAAGAGAAAGCGUGCGACCAUAAGAGAAGGUUGCAAUGCAAUGAUUGAGGUAAUUCAAAAGUAUUACGGGAGGUGGGUUGUUACUAAGCUUGUGAAGGAACACAAUCAUGUAGUGGCUGCCCCCAGUAGGGUUAGAUAUAUUGAGCCCGAAGAAUAUGCUCACUUAGAUCCCUUUUUGGGUAUGGAGUUUCCUUCUCAUGAAGCAGCCCAAACCUUCUAUUAUGCAUACGCGAGCCGCACGGGGUUUGACGUACGUAUAAGACUCUCUCGUAGGUCUACAAGGGAUGAGUCAUUUGUAAUGCGAAGAUUUGUUUGUACAAAAGAGGGUUUUACUCCAUCUGAAGAGAAUUAUGAUGAAAGCAAGAAAAAGAGAAACAGUAGGACUCCUACACGGGAAGGUUGCAAGGCAAUGUUUGAAGUAAUUAAGAAGGAUUAUGAUAAGUGGAUUGUUUCCAAGCUUGUUUUGGAGCACACUCAUGAUUUGGCAGUCGCACCAAACAAAAUACAUUAUAUUCAAUCCCAAAGUGAAGUAGUAGUUCUUGGGAAAAGCGGAACCCUAAAUCGAGAGAAAUCAUUAUUGCCGCCUCUUUCCAAGCCACCGAUUGGGGAAUCAUUGGGGGGAUUUAAUAAUUCACCGCCAUACGAUCAUGACUUUAGGAAUGAGAGAAGAGAAGCUCGCUAUACUGCUUUUGGCUUUGAUGAGACCCAAAAGCUGUUGGGUUACUUUAAGCGGAUGAAUGCGGAGAACCCUACUACUUUUUCCUAUGCAUUUCAAGUCGACAAAAACAAUUGUUUAACACAUGCCUUUUGGGCUGAUGCAAAAGCUAGGGCUUCUUACUAUUAUUUUGGUGAUGCAGUUUCUUUUGACACAUCAUUCAAAGAGAAUAAGGACUUGUUGCCGUUUUUCAUGUUCACGGGCUUGAACCAUCACUUGCAAUCUGUGAUUUUUGGUUGUGCUCUUCUUACUGAUGAAGCAGAAGCCUCUUUUAUUUGGCUUUUUGAAAAUUGGGUUGCGGCUAUGGGUGCACGCCACCCAACUUCGCUAGUUACUGAGUUCAAUGAGGCUAUGGGGGUGGCCAUUUCUAAAGUUUUCCCGGAGACACAUCAUCGGUUUUGCAAGUGGCACAUUCUAAAUCAAUGCAAGGAACAACUGGCCAAUAUAUACGGGACAUCUGCUACUUUUGAGGAGGAAUUUGAAAGAUGUAUAGUUGAAUCUGAAUCAAUUGAACUAUUUGAGUCGACUUGGAAGUCUGUUAUUGACAAGUAUGAUUUGGGAGAGAAUUCAUGGCUAAGAUUUCUAUACAAUAUGCGGCAAAAGUGGGUACCAGUUUUCUUUAAAGACAUGUUUACUGCAGAAAUUUCAGCAACCCAAAAGCCGGAAAGUCUGAAAUUCUUCUUUGAGAAAUACUUCAAUACAACAACUCCUUUACCUGUCUUUAUUUCUCUCUUUGAGCAUGCGAUAGCUGGUUGGUGUGAAAGGGAAGCCCUCGAAGACUUGGCCACAUCUUUUACACGACCAGUUCUGAAAACCCCUUCAAACAUUUUAAAACAAGUGGCAGAUGUGUACACGAGAGCAAUAUUCAACAUAUUUCAAGAUGAAUUCAUUCAUUCUCUAGGUUAUUAUGUUGAUAAAAUUGAAGAUGGAUUGGUUAGCAAGUUUAACGUUGCGAAAGAGGAGGAUAUUCAUAGAUCAUGCACGGUAACUUAUGAUUUCUCUGAUAAGAGAAGUAAAUGUUCGUGCUCUAAGUUUGAGAAUUGUGGAAUUUUAUGUAGGCAUAUUUUGAGGGUCUUUUUAACUGUUGAUGUUCGUGCAUUACCGGAGUUUUACAUUUUGAAAAGGUGGACAAAAGAAGCCAAGAACGGGUUUAUGUUGGAUGAGUGUAUAAGGUAUAAUGAGCUUUAUCGAGAUGCAGUUCGAUAUGCAAAGGAAGGGUCCACAUCAUCUGAUGUUUUUAACUUCGCACAGCAAACAUUACAAGUGGCUUUCGCCGAUGUUGUUCAGAUGAAGCAGGAUAUUGUUAAUCGAUGUGCAAUGUGAUGAGAAUAACUUCUAAGUGUGAAAACCGGUACAUAAGUCAAUUGCAGCAGCCCUAGGUUUUUUCUUUAGGGUUCAUAACUUCUCCUUUUCUUCUAUUAUUAUAACAUAACAUCAUAGCAUCGUCUUGUUGACCAUGUCAUUUUCUCAAAUGACAUUACCUUUUUGGGUAUUAGAUUUCUUAUGAUGCAUAUCAACCUGUAUUGUAGAUGUCGCAGAAUGCUAAAUACUUGUAAAAAUAAAUGAUGAGUAAUCAACCUUCUGGAAAAGUUUGCCCUGUAUAUAAUUUAUGUUUGAUCAUGAGAGACUAUGCUAUACGCUGCGGUAUCUAUGCUAAGCAAGGAUAGCUGUAUCUCCAGUUACCUACUUCUAAAAUAAUAUGCCGUGGUUUCUACU